AUGAAGAUCGUCAUUUGUGGUGCUGGGCCCGUCGGUGCCCUAGCGGCUCUAUACGCAGCCAAGAAAGGCCAUACAGUUGAACUAUAUGAGAUGCGAGCAGAUGUGAGAGCGGACGAUAAAGAAGCAGCCCAGCAGCUCGGAAAAUCCAUCAACAUCACCAUGUCUGACCGUGGCUUCGAGGCCUUGAAAGAUAGUGGUGAUGAACAGCUGGUUCAAGAGAUUCUCAAUCACACAGUACCUGUGCAAGCCCGCGAAGUGCACGAAAGAACGGCUCUUGGUACAGAAAAGGCAACCAAGGUCCCCUAUAGUAUAGAUGGCAGAGUUUUGAGGGUUGUCAGUCGAGAAUUCCUCCGCAAUAUCCUUUUGGAUAGAAUCUUCAACUUGCCGAACGUCAAGGUCUUCUUCGGUCGCAAGCUGAUCCAUGCCGAUCUCGACAACAAGAAGGCGGUCUUUGCGGAUGCUAGCAUAGAAGACACGUACGGAGGCAGCAACUUUGAACGCGUGUCAUUCGAUCUGCUCAUCGGCGCUGACGGAGCUCACUCGGCUGUUCGACACCAUCUUGCAAGAUACCGAAACAUCAACAUCGAUCAACGGUGGCUUGACAACUGCUGGUGUGAGUUUCAAAUCGCCCAGGCUGAUGAUGGUCGGCCCAAGAUCAAUCUAGACACACUGCAUGUAUGGCCGAACAAUGAUAUCAUGUUCCUGGCUCUGCCUAAUCCCGUAAGUGUACCGCCAUACUAUUGCACUCCAAUCACUGACAAGAAUGUCGCACAGGAUGGGACAUUCACCUGCAACCUCUUCGCUCCCGCCGAAACGUUCAAGAUGCUAAGGAGCAAUCAAACCGCGAUCGCCGACUUCUUCGAACGAAACUUCCCUGGGAUCCUUCCCAACCUCAUGACAACCGAAGAACUCAUAAAACAGUUCCACAGCACCAAGACCUCGAUCCUACACGAGAUGCGCGUGACCCCCAUCAACUACAAGGACAGCUGCGUGCUGAUCGGCGAUGCCGCCCAUACAAUGGUACCCUUCUACGGGCAGGGUCUGAACACAGGGCUAGAAGAUGUGCGCGUGCUGUUCCGAGCGUUCCUGAGUCAAGCACCCACUAAGGAACUCUCGGGUAAGCAGAUCUCCAUCUUGGACUCGUACAGCGAGUACCGACAGCCGGACGUGAGCGUCAUGACUUCGCUGGCACUGAAGAACUACAAUGAGAUGAGACUUUCGCAGCGAUCGACGCUCAAGUAUAUGCGCAGGAAGUUGGAAGAGACCUUGCAGGCCCGGCUUCCAAGUGCUGGUUGGGCCACGCUCUACUUCCGCGUGGCUUUCUCUACCGAGAGGUUCACGAUGAUUGAGCAUAAGAACAACCAGCAGACUAAGAUCUUGAAGUGGCUGCUUGGCGUGUCAACGGCAUCGUUGUGUGGAUUGGCAGCAUCUGUCGCUCUCAAGUUCUAG